ACAUACGCAACCCAUCCGAUGAUUUACAUCGAGCCUUGUUAUCUAAUACUAGUCCCACUGGCUUGAGGUACUAUGGCGGCCAGCACGGGAGCCGACGAGUGGCUCUCAUCGCAGCUGGCCAGCGACGGUCGGCGGGAGGCGGAGGUCCUGGCCCGCGCGUGGUUCCAGCUCCGCCUGUCCAUUCGCGCCCCCAAUCGCUUUCCCCCGUGGGACGCGCUGCUGAUCACCGCUGCGAGCGACGCGCAGGCUGACCUGUACUCCAGGCAGCUGGCAGCAGCGCGCCACAAUGGGCACAUUGCGCAGGAGACCAUCGUGCUGGCAGUGCCGGACAGGGAGGGCAAGCGCAUCGGGUCCGGAGGAGCGACCCUGGGAGCUAUCCGGGCACUGUGUGACCACCUGGGGGAGUCAUCCACAGCCCGCCUCGCCUCAAUGAAGGUGCUGCUGGUGCAUGCAGGCGGCGACAGCAAGCGCCUGCCGUGGGCCAACCCGUGUGGCAAGCCCUUUGUGCCCUUCCCCCUGCUGGCUGGGGACGACCCUGACGGACCCCCGUUGACUCUCUUUGACCACAUUCUGGCUGUGUCUGCGCUGGCACUGCAGGCCCUCCCACCCAAUGAGGGCGCUCUCUUCAUAAUGACCGGGGACGUGCUCCCAUGCUUCAACGCAUCUCGCAUCCACCUGCCGUCCCACGGUGCUCUGGUAGUCACCGCUGCUGUGCCCCUCGAUGUCGCCUCCAGGCACGGGGUUAUUCUCGCCUCGGACCAGCACCAGCAGCAUCAGCAGCAGCAGCAGCAGCACCAGCAGCAGCAGCAGCAGCAGCAGCAGCAGCACCAGAACGGCAUCAGAUGUGAUAAAGACUCCUCCCCACAGCUGGUAGCAGACCUCCUGCAGAAGCCGAGUGUAGCAGACAUGGUUGAGAAGGGGGCACUUUGUGGUGUGGGAGGCGCGCUGCUGGACACCGGCAUCUACGCUGUCUGCGGCGACACGUGGCGCGAUCUCAUUGGCCUCGCAACUAGCGGGGAUGACCUGCUAGGGGAACUACUGGCAUCGGGUGAGGAGUUGAGUCUAUACGAGGAGCUCGCAUCAGCAUGGGUGCCAGCCCGCCAUGCCUGGCUCUCCUCUCGGCCCCUCGGAUCUCACCUGCUCGCCCACCUCAGCUCCCACUCUCUCUUCCACCACUGUGCAGACGGCCUCUCUUUUCUUCACUUCGGCACUUCAUCUGAGUAUCUAUACCACAUUCGCCUCGCCUAUUCUGGGCGAAUGCCACGCCGCCACCUCUGCGUGGUCCCCGCGCCGACAGAGUGCCACGUGGCAGAAUCUGCAGCGCUCAUCUCGUCGCACGUGCACCCCUUCGCAUGCGUCGGGGAAGGGUCGGUUGUUUCCGACAGCACGCUGGUUCCGGGGACACGGGUUGGAGAUAGAUGCGUCGUGAUUGGCGUAGACACCGCCGCUGCUGAGUCAGCAUUUGCCAAGUCAGCGGAAUGCUCAGGCUCAGCAGCUGCUGAGUCAGCCGCCAGUGGAGCACCCUAUAACGCCGCAGCCACCACUACCAUCCCACUAUCUCAUAGACCUCCCACCAUCCCAUCUACCCCUUUCAGGUCUAGCCCCAUCAGUCCUCCUCCUCCCCCUCCUCCUCCUCCUCCUCUGGUGCUCCCUAGUCACAUGUGCCUAUGGCAGGUGCCGCUAAAAGGGGGGCGGGAGGUGACCCUAUGCUGUGGUGUGGACGACAACCCGAAGUUGUCCCUUUCUGGGGGAGGAUCCUUCUGUGGCCGGCCCUGGAAACUGUGGUUGAGGGAUAGAGGGCUCCUUGAGACUGAUGUAUGGCCGGAUACAGACAACCAAGGCCGCCCAAUCCACCUGAAGCAGGAUCUCUGGAACGCCCUCCUCUUCCCCAUCCUCCCCCGGGGCUCCGGCCUUCCCCUCGCCAUGUGGCUUCUCGGAACCUUCCCUCCCACUCUUGAUCAAGCUUCCGAUCAAGCUCCCAGCCAAGCUCUUAGCCAACAACAGGCCGCCACGUGGCGCAGAUCCGACCGCACGUCGCUCGCUCUCCUCCACUCCCAGAUCGACUUCCCCGCUCUGCUCUCCUCUGCUCUGCACCGUCGCUCCCUGCUGCUCUCUGCUUUCGCCCGCGCUGCUAUAGACGGCGGCUCUUCACCUGGUGAUGCUGGUGCUAGAGCGGGUGCGGGUGCGACUAUACACGGCGGUUCUUCUCCUGGUGAUGCUGGUGCCAGUGCUGCUAUAGAGGGCGGCUGUUCACCUGCUGAUGCUGCUGCUGCUGCUGGAGGGUCUCUGGGGCGCAACUUCGCCUCUCUCACACGCCAGCUGCUACUUGCUGACGUGGUCGACUCACAUCACAGCAGCACCUGCCACGUGGCAGAACCACACAACGGCUGCCACGUGGCAAGCAGCAGUUUUACAGGCGAUGGGACUAGAGCAAAGAGCAACGGCAGCACGGUCAUUGAGGGGAAGAGCGGAGCCAGGGAGCUCUGUAGGGAACUUUCCAUGUCCUUUCCACCCGUGGUGGGGAGAGAGGGCGUGGGGCCAUCUCAGAACAGGAGGGCGGGAGUGAGUGGGGACAAGGGGGGGGGAGUGCAGCAGCAGCAGCAGCAGUGGUUCGCAGGUGUGCCAAGGAGCCGUGUGCUUCAAGCGAAGUUAGACCUGGUCAGAGCAGGGCGAGAGGGCCAAGGGGAAGGAACAGGGAAGUGCAAGGAGGGAGGGGGAGAAGGGGAGGGAGAAGGGAAGGGAGAAGGGAAGGGAGAAGCAGAGGGAGAAGGGAAGGGAGAAGGAGAGGGAGGUGAAGAGGAGGAUUUGGAGGAGGGAGUGUGGAGGGCGGUCGCAGAAGAGGCAGCGGUAGCAGUGGGAGUGGAGGAGAGUGGAAAUGCUGUUGCCAGCUGCGUGCAACCGAAAGCGCCCCUGUCUCUUGGCGCCAGUGUCACGGUAACGCUUCCAGUGCGCCUGGACAUAGCAGGGGGGUGGAGCGACACCCCUCCGUGGAGUCUGGAGCGGUGCGGAACGGUGCUGAACAUGGCGGUUGUGCUGGAAGGGAAGCGACCCGUGGGGGCUACUGUCACUGUGGUGAAUGAGCCCGGUGUGCGCAUAGACGAUGACCACGGUGCCUCUCUCCACAUUACCGACCCGGCCACCAUCCCCCCCCACCUCUCGCCACAAGAGCCCUUCGUUAUAGUCAAGGCGGCUCUCCUCAUCACUGGCAUCCCCGUCCUCCUCUCCUCCUCCUCCCCCCCACUCCCCUCCUCUUCCCCCCUCCUCCUCUCCUCCUCUCCUGCUCUUCCCUCCUCUUCCUCUCCCUCCACCGACUCUUCUUCUCCUUCCCACCCCUCCUCCUCCUGUUUCGGCCUGCACAUUCGCACGUGGGCAGAUGUGCCCAGGGGCAGUGGCCUGGGCACCAGCAGCAUUGUAGCCGCUGCUCUGGUCAAAGCCCUGCUGCUGCUGAUGCGAGGGGGAGGGGGAGGGGGGAGGACUGUAGGGGAAAGGUCCCCUGGUACAACUGAUGAGGCACCUGAGGCAGCAGCGGAAUCAUCUGAAGCAGCAGCAGCAGAAGCACCUGAAAAUUCACCUGGAGCAACAAAGUGGGCACCUGAGGUGACGGACGAGGAAGUGAGCCGAUUGGUGCUUCUACUGGAGCAGCGGAUGGGCACGGGGGGCGGGUGGCAGGACCAGGUGGGGGGGCUGUACCCAGGCGUCAAGUGCACCACCAGCCUGCCCACUUGCCCCAUUCGUCUCGUAGUGGAUCCCCUGCUGCUGCUGCCGGCACUGUGCUCUGCUCUGCAGCAACGGCUGGUGGUCGUCUUUGUGGGGCAGGUCCGUCUCGCCCGUAACGUUCUGAAGAAUGUGGUAACACGGUACCUGCAGCGGGACUCCCGCCUCAUCUCCACCAUCCAACGGCUCACAGACCUCGCAGAGAUCGGCCGGCGCGCAAUCUCAACCGCCGAUCUAGACCUGCUAGGGCGCGUUCUCUCCCACACCUGGGACCUUCACCAGGAGCUCGACCCGCACUGUAGCAAUCCACAUGUCGACGCGCUAUUGGCCGCUGUGCACCAUCUUAGUUGUGGGGCGAAGCUAGCAGGGGCGGGAGGGGGGGGCUUUGCCAUGAUCAUGGGGAGAAGCGGGGAGGCAGCAGAUGAGAUUAAGGGGAUUCUGAGAGGCAUGGGUGAGCCUGUAAGGGUGUAUGACUGGGCUGUAGCUGUGUGAAGGGAUAUGAAGGCACACCACCUCACACUCACUGGGGGGGGGGAGGCAGCAGGUGAAAUCAGGGGGGUUCUGAGAGGCAUGGGCGAGCUUCUAAGGGCGUAUGUCUGGGCUGUUGCUGUUUGAAGGUGUUUGAAGGUGCGUAAAGGCACCUCACCUCGCACUCACAGGUGCCACUUUGCAAUAAUUAUGAAAGGAAGGGGGGAAUGUCAAACAUAUUUGUAUUUGUAUAUGUUAUAAUAGGCUAGAGAGGUGCAUGCUCUUAGAGGGUACAACCACUUGAACAAAAUCAUCCUGUACGCAUCAUUCUAGUCA